AUGACCGACCACCGCUCUCCGCGCGUCAACAAGGCGCUCCUCGCGAAAUACAUCGGGCAGACCGUCCGGCUGGUCGGGAAGGUCAUCUCGGCCAACGGAGACACCGCGAUCGUGCAGGCCUCGGACGAGGGCCAGGUGGAGGUCCAGCUCCUCAACGCCUACGAACACCAGUCCACGUAUAUCGAGGUCAUUGGCACGGUACGGGACGAGAGGACGAUCAAGAUGGUGGCAUACGUCGACAUGGGAGAUGAUGUCGACAUGAAACUGGCGGACCGAGUAGUGCAAGUGUGGCACGACCCGAAGUUCUCCAAGGUGUUCUAG